AUAUUAAAUUUAAAUUGGUGCUUCGAAUCAUCAUAUCGUCAAGAAUCUUUUGAACACAAAAAAAUUAUGAAAUUGGAAGGGCCACACAUGUACGAACUUUUCUCUAUUAUAGUUCACAGUGGUACUCCUAUUAACGGGCAUUAUUAUGCUUGUAUAAGAGAUUUUCGGAGUGGGAAUUGGCUAUCUUUUAAUGAUCACAUUGUUACACCGAUUACUCAUGACAAAAUCACAGAAACAUACGGAAAUGGUAUAAGUACUGCCAAUGCAUAUGUUGUUACGUACCGACAAAUUGAUAGAGAAAGGAACGCUUUACCUAUAGAGAGCAGCCAGUUUCCUCCACAUAUUAAGGAAUUAUUAAGCGAAGAAAAUACAAAGGCGGAACAACCUGUUAAAUUCGAUCCAGAAAAUCAUAGCUCAAUAGCUGGCAGCUUUUGGGGCAGCACAUGUAAAACACAUGAUAAUUUGUCGUUACAAUACCCCCUCAACGAUAUAGAACAUGAAUGUAUCAGUGCCAAUUAUGUUGAUUUGUUACCUCCUUCUAUCGCUAUGAAAGUAUGUGAUGUUUAAAGUAUUAUUGAUUGUUAACAUUAAAAUUUUGCAAGUAUAAGGCAUGAAAACGGACUUUU